AUGGGGGCUCGGGCCACUGUAGACCUCCGCACGGCCGCCGCAAUGGCGGCAGGUUUGUGCAAAACUCGGCCCACAGACAUUGUGUUCAUCGUCGACAGCAGUCGGAGCGUUCGCCCUUCAGAGUUUGAGCAGGUCAAGGUCUUCCUGGCUAAGGUCAUCGAGGGUCUUGAUGUUGGACCCAACGCCACCCGUGUGGGAGUUGUCAACUACGCCAGCCGCGUCAAGAGCGAGGUGUCUCUGAAGACGCAUCGCACCAAAGCCGGUCUGAUUAAAGCUGUGACGAAGAUCGAGCCCCUUUCCACCGGAACAAUGACCGGUUUGGCCAUCCAGUUUGCCCUGAACGUGGCCUUCAGCGAGAGCGAGGGCGCUCGCGUCAAAUCUCCCGAUAUCAGCAAGGUGGCCAUUAUCGUGACAGACGGGCGCCCCCAGGACAACGUGAAGGAAGUGGCUCUGCGUGCACGGGAUGCCGGUAUUGAGAUCUUCGCCAUUGGUGUGGGACGUGUGGACAUGAACACCCUGAAGCAGAUGGCCAGUGACCCUCUGGACGACCACGUGGACUACGUCGAGAGCUACAGCGUCAUCGAGAAGCUCACCAAGAAGUUCCAGGAAGCCUUCUGUGCUUGCAGCAAUGCAGCGACAGACGUAGUGUUCCUGAUCGACGGCUCUAAGAGCGUGCGUCCUGAGAACUUCGAACUGGUCAAGAAGUGGAUCAACCAGAUUGUCGACAAACUGGAUGUUUCUGAGGCCAAGGCUCACGUUGGACUGGUUCAGUACUCCAGCUCCGUCAGACAGGAGUUCCCUCUGGGUCGCUUCAACAACAAGAAAGACCUGAAGGACGCUGUGAAGAAGAUGGCCUACAUGGAGAGGGGAACCAUGACAGGCCAGGCCCUCCGUUAUCUGACAGAGAACAGCUUCAGCGCCGGAGGGGGCGCCCGGCCCGGAGUCGCCAAGGUGGGCAUCGUCUUCACUGACGGACGCAGCCAGGACUAUAUUGGAGAUGCCGCCAAGAAGGCCAAGGAUCAGGGUUACAAGAUGUACGCUGUUGGAGUGGGCAACGCAGUGGAGGAUGAGCUGAAAGAGAUUGCCUCUGAGCCGACUGGAGAGCACUACUUCUACACUGCCGACUUCAAGGCCAUGACCCAGAUCGCCAAGAAGCUGCAGAUUAACAUCUGUCAAGAGGAGGACCCUUGUGAAUGCGACUCCCUUGUAAAGUUCCAAAAGAAAGUAGAAGACGCCCUGCAGGCACUAACAAAAAAAUAUAUCCUUUACAACAGCUGA